AUGAGCGCCUGGAUGAACGACGCCGUCCCCAACCACAAUGGAAACGGCUUCCCUCACAUCAACGAUCCCAACUCUGCCGGUGCCAUGAUGGAUCCCUCUGCCUUUAUGGCCAACCCGGGUCAGUUUAACCCGGGACAAUUUCCCAACCAGCAACAGAUGGCUGGUAUGCAGAAUGGUCCAAUGCGACACGGCUCGCCGACGUACCAGAAUCAAACCCAGAACCAAACCCCGAACCCGAACCAGAACCCGAACCAGAAUCCCGUCUAUCAAACCAACUCCGUAAUUCCAUCAAAACGACCUCGUCCCCGCGAAGAUAGCGUCACCGGGUCGCCUGGCCACAAUCCGGGCAUGCAACCGCCGUCGCGUUCGGAAACGCCGCAACAACAGACUUUUGCUGGCUUCCAGCAAGGCGCUGGUGCCAUGCCUCAGCAGAACCCAAGCCAAUUCCCUCAUCUGCAAGCUAAUGGCUCUGCCAAUGCCAGCCCAUCUCCUAUCAUGGGAAAUCAGAUGCGACCGGGAAAUGUCCCGCAACGAGUUGCUACCGCGUCACCUCAUCCCUUUUCACCUGGCCCACAGCAACAGUUCAGUGGCUCGCAAGCAUCUCCCAUUCCCUCUGAGCAUGGCACGCCACAACCAAACCAGUACAUGCAAAACAUGCCUCCCGGAUACAACCCCGGGUACGCGCAAUCGCCUUCAAAUCCUCGUCCGUCUCCCAAUCCCAACGCGAUGGCUGGCGCUCCUGCUGGCGGUCAGAUGAUGCCUCAGCAGAUGGGACAAAUGCCACAGCACAUGGGCCAGAUGCCGCCCAAUAUGUAUCAACAAAUGCAACAACAGAUGCAGCAACAACAACAGGGCCAGCAGCCAGGUCAGCAACAACCCGGUCAGCAACAACAGCAGCCAGGUCAACCGAGACAACAGGGGAUGAUGGAUCAACAGAAGAUGGCGGCGUACCAAAUGCGUCUGCAUCAGCAAUUACAAGGCAAUAUUCAGAUGCAGGCACAAAUGCAAGCCCAAGGUAUGGGCCGCGGCAUGAUGCCGAAGCAGCAGAUGCCUGGUAUGCCCAACGGCCAAAUGCCUCAAGGCGCUAUGAGACAGCAACCGAGGCCAAUGGGAAACAUUAAUCCUGAACAAUUUAUGAAGAACCUGACAACUCUGAUGACUGCGAAAGGACUGCCUUUGGACACGAAUCCCAUUGUCGGUGACAGACCGGUCAAUCUCGUCAUGCUGUUCCAGCUCGUACAAUCCAAGGGUGGCUACAAGAAUGUGACUGCGGCCAACGGUUGGGCAAUGUGUGCCCAGGCUUUGGGGCUGCCGGCGCAAAUACCUACCGUAGCACCGACCUUGAAGCAAGUUUAUGAGCGAAAUCUGGCAAAGUUCGAGGAGGUUUGGAUCGCACAGCAAAAACACAGGAUGAUGCAGCAGAAUGCAGGCAUGGCCGGUCCAGGAACGCCUCAAAAGCAGAUGCAGCCAGGUCAGCAACAAAUGAAUCAAGGACAGAUGCCGCAAGGCCAGCAGCAGCAAACGCCUCACAUGCAACAACAAACCCCAAUGAAACCUGGCCAACCUCCCGUCAAUGGAUUCUCGACCCCUCAACCACCACAGCAACAGCAACAACAACCUCAUCAGCAACCACCACAGCAGCCUCAGCUUCCCCCUCACGCACAACAACAACCACCCCAGCAGCAGUCUCAACAGCAGCAACCUAUGGCACAACAACAACAGCAACAACAUACCCCGAAUGCCAAUUCGGUAUCGGGGCACAGGAACAGCAUGUCAAGAGGCAUGGAUGCCCCCGCACCCAACGACUACUCUAUGCAAUCUCCGGCACAUGCUCGACCCGGUAGUGUCUCUGUUGAUGGCCGACAAGCCACUCCCAUGUCAGCUGUUGGUGUUGAACAUCACAUGCCUCGAAUGCCUCCGAAACCGGAAGACUAUAGCCCUUGCGCAAGAGAGCUGUCAACGUAUGGUGGAGUUGACCUUCAUGCUGCCAACCUUCUGGGUGCUGAGUUGGAGCGAUGGGAACCGACCGUACCCUCUGUGAAUGAGCUGGGCAACAUUGACAUCUCUGCCCUGACCCGCAGCAUCCAGUGCGGUAUUCAUGGCGAGGUACGCCUGGCUCUGGAUACACUGGCAACGAUUUCGUCGUCACCAAACCAGGGGCACUUCCUGCAUCUCAGAGCUUGUGAUGAUUUAGUUGAGGCUUUGGUAGACUGCGCAGAGUCUCAAGUAGAUCUACUUGUUGAGAACACAGCGGAGGUCACUGACGAAAUUCAACUCACAGCAUAUGAAGACGUUGUAAGAAGCUGCCGAAUUGAACGAUGGGCUGUGAGGGACGUCCCUGCCUUUGGAAGCACCGAGUAUGAAAUGGACCGAGCUGUGGAUCGAUUGAUUUGCAUAAUGACGAUAUUGCGCAACGUUUCAUUCCCCGGAGAGAACAACGAUAACCACAUCGUCCUAUGUGAAGAAUCCGUCGUCAAGAUGCUCUGCUCCAUCAUUCGCUACCUCGGUACUCGGACAAUGCUUCUGCGGACACACGCCAACACACUUGAUUUUAUGAAGGACGUGGUGGUUCUGCUCUCAAACAUUGCAAGCCAAUUAGAGAUCCCCGGUCGUGAACAAGCUUUGAGUCUUGUGCAAUUUCUGCUCACUUUUGCUCCGAUCCCGGGCCCAACAAUGUCCAACGACUCGCUUACCUUCACGCCUUACGACCCAAGCAUUCAUUCCUAUCUCCCCCAUGCUGUUGACGCGCUAGCUAAGUUGUUGGCUCGUGAUGAACCAAAUAGGGGCUUCUACAAGGCGCUCUUUGCAGUUGAUUCUUCUUCACCGUUGGCCAACGAGUUGCUCAUUCGAACCUUUGCUUUGGCGAUAUCUCCGCUGCCAGAUAAGGCUAAGGAACAAUUCCGACCAACUACAUUUCCGCCUCUGUUUGAGACGAGGAAGCCUUUCCUCAUGCAAGGUCUCCUUGGCGCGGAAAUCAUAGCUUCUCUAGUGCCGGGAUCUGAACCAGGAAUGGCUCGAGCUCUUCUUGCAUCUGGCAAUUGUCUUGCGCAGAACCUCAUCAAAUUAAUACAGGAACUUAGUAUCUUGUACGAAAAGCCACCUCCGCCGGCCCGUGGAGGUAGUCGAGCUGCGGCAGCCAGAAAGGAUCCGGAGCUCGUGUACAUUGUCGUUGUAGCCGUUUCCCUUCUACGCCGUUUGGCCGAAAAGGCCAGGGAUUCUGCUGGGACGGCAACGUCAGGUAUCGCAGAAUUGCUACCGCAACCGCAGAUGUUGAUGGACGCAUUGAUGAUGCAAUCUCCGGAGUGGACAAAAGAAGGGCUUCUCCCACAAUUGACGGCGGUAUUGAACUUGGAUGGAUGA